AUGGCAACGCCCACGAUGAACCUGCCGUUGCCUGUACCGGCGGAGGCACCCAACGGUCAACGUCGACGUGCAGAGCGCGCCGCAUACGUGCCGCCAUCGCGACGCGCACCAGCGCAAGAUUCCUCAGCAAAGAGCGUGCCGCACAAGCCAGUGGCUGAGCCCACAACGAGUGCCGCCACACCUGCCUCGCCAGCCCCGUCAACCUCGCUCAGAGACCAGGGCCGGUCUCCGCGUCGCACCCACCAAGGCAAGGGGCCCAGCCCCGCGCGUGCCACUCCCCAACGCUCACCGCGCAAGGCUCGCAAUACAGAGUCCUUUGCACCUGACUACUGCAAACCAGACCUGCGCGUGGUGGUGGGCCCCCACCGUCCUACAUACGGACGGACCGUUGGCGUACAUGAUGUCAUCAUGGUCCCUGAGAUGUUCUGCGCCGAGGAUGACCUCUCGCUCUACGAGUCCCUCCUGGCCGAACUCAAAGCCACCGGCUCCACGGAUCUUUUCGUCUCGUGGCACGGAGAUAGCCAUGUUAUUGCCGAUGACAAGAAGAUGAAGGGCAAAUGGAAGGAACUGUCACCCUCCUUUCAAAAGGUCGGGGGAUCUGCUGUCGACUUUGACCUCUGUUGCAGCGUCAUGAUCCAUUCGCAGCUAACCCACGUGCCACGCACACAGGUCAUCAAGCAGAUGGAAGAGUACUUUAACAUGGACAUCAAGGCCACGCGCUUCAACUGGUACCGGGACAGCAGUGAAUGGAAGCCUUACCACCACGAUCGGGCGGCAUUUACGCCCAACUGCCCGCAAAACUCGACGGUGGCUGCAAGCUUUGGGGCUGAGCGAGACAUUGCCUUUUUGCACGCAACCAAAGGCACCACCAUUCGCAUUCCUCAGCCCAACGGCAGUAUGUAUGCUUUCAACCGAGAUGCCAACGUGGAAUGGAAGCAUGGUGUCAUGGCUGUGCCUCCAGCUCUGCAGCACACAGAGGGCCGCAUCUCCAUCAUUGCCUGGGGCUGGAUCGACAUGGAAGACUGGCAAACGGAGAUGAAGCUCGAGAACCAGGUGAUCAGCACCCCCUCCAAACGCAAAUCUGAUCCCAAACAGCGCCAACGCCGAGCUCGCCCUGCUGCCGAGGCAACUGAGCCACUCGGUGGAGUCAGUGCUGGUUCCCCCUGA